UUGUUUUCCCAUGGUACAAGGGCAAUUUAGCCUUUUUACCCUAUUUUAUUAAUAAGGCAGCAAGUCUGUGAGUAGGGUUUUCAAUUCCGCCGCUCUCAAGUCUGUCCCGUAGGCCAAGUUGGUUGAGCAGAACCGAAAAUGCCUUCGCACAAGACAUUCAUGAUAAAGAAGAAGCUGGCGAAGAAGCAGAGGCAAAACAGGCCUAUUCCUUAUUGGAUCCGCAUGCGCACUGACAACACCAUCCGCUACAACGCUAAGCGCAGGCACUGGCGCCGCACCAAGCUUGGAUUCUAAGGAUACAUUUCAGGACCAGGGGCUUCGGAUUUAGUUUUAAUAUUCAGAAUUAGGACUUCAAUUUUGGAUUUGUCAUAACAAUGAUUUAUGUGCAAGGUUUGCACCAAGUUUUACUGUGAUUUUUGCUACUUAAAUUAAAAGUGGAAAUCAAAUUUCGUUUCUCUCGUGGUUACUUUGGUGAUAUGCUACAAGUUUACUUGUAGAUUCAAACUACUUUGAUUAUAUGUACGAGGGAAAUGCUACAUGAUUAUCAACUAUUAGUUAUUCAUUAUUACUUGAAA